AUGGUUCUAGAUGGUUCCAUAAAGUUCCCGAAGGAGCCCUCGGAUAUAGCUCGCAAAGUCUUCGCAGACCCGAUCGUUAGCGACUUUCUGAUUCGUUCCUCGCGCCUGGCAGUGUUUUCUAAAGAGCUGGCCAAAUCCUUCAGAGGUGAUCUUGAUGCGCUUGCCGUUAUUAAGCAACUCAAGUUUUUCUACAACUUACCAACUGUCGCUGUGCUUCAGCAGUUUGCGAAACUCGUUGCAAGGUCAGUGCUUUAAUUAACCUUUUAUCGAUAAAUAAUUAUUAAGACCAGUCUGGCGGAAUUCGAAAUAUGUCGACGACGGCUAUCUUACAAUGCAAGCGCAAUGCACCAGUCGCGCAAGCACUAUGAACAGAUCUCUCAUGAGGUAGCUGGGUUUUAACUGGCGGGACAAGAGUAGGGUGUAGUGCAACUAGACUCUUCCCAAUUCCUAUUGUGGCGUAACAGCCUAGACGCGUGGAAUUAAGCAAUUGCACGCGAUAAAUCCCUCCAGCUACGCAGGCUACACAUGAGAGGAAUUAAACCUUUACUGUUAAUUUUGUUAGCCUUUCCUCACUCCGCUAUUUAGGCCAUUGCAAACAAUAUUUAUUACCUUCAGUAAUCCUUUUACUGGAACACAGGAGGCUGCAAUGGUCCUUCAGAGCUCUGCUAGUUAGACCGAUUGUACUGGUAUAGGAGUUGUUGAACCCAGCUGAAACACUGGUUAUUUUCCUCGGACUGGCGCCCUCGUUUCCCUCAUCUGGCGGGUUCACCGCUCAACAUUCGCUCGCCUUUACUCCCCUCGGUAUAUCUGAAGAAAAAGAGAGACAGCGUGCAUGCAGUCUUGUUUUCACACAGCAGCGAGAACCAUUUUUUUUAAAUUACUGACAUUAUCAUUAACAGAUGACAACCGUAUCUUUCCAUAGAACGGAUAAUGUAGAGGCAACGAAUAAAUGGAACAGCAUCAUUGAAAAGAUUGCAGCUUGCGGACUCGGUUCGAUGACUUUUCGUGUUUUACUCCAAGAAAUAGAAGGUCCAGUUACGAUAGACCUAUUGCGACUUAUGGAACUCCUUCGUCUGGGUGUGCGUCAUAUAGGAUGUAGUUAAAUAGCGUGGACGCUCCCGAUGCACAACCGUUUUGGGCUACGAAGGCACUAACUUUCAUGGUAGAGCCUUUCUCUCACAACUACUAUUAAAAUUGUCAAUGGUGUGCUGAAUCCUGCCAAUCAUGAGCUAAGGAAUAUUUACCAGGCCCUUGGAAGGUAUACCAUCCUACGCGACCCCUAUUGCAUUUUGUUCUAAGAUAAAAACUUACUUACUUGACGUAGUUUGAACGGUUUUUUAAUUGUGCUUAGUGUAUAAGGUAGCGGUAUUUACCUUUUAUUUUAGAGUAGUCCUUUUGGAAAGAUGAUUACCUCACACCAUUAUUCAGUAGCCAAUCACAAGCAAAGAAGACCAUCAAGUAUUGCACCCAUGCGCAUGGCGUCGGCUAUGUCUUUUUCUUUUCUUGUUUGUUUUUUUACUUCAGGCUGGUUUUUAGGCACUUAACUGAGUCAACCUCUAUUUUGCCAAAUGUAGCACGAUAUGGUUUUCCCCUGCCCACAACCGUCCCUUAUUGUUGUUUUUAGCAACCAUAGCAUGACAUUAUGUUUUAAUGGCAGUUAAAAAACAAGGUGAUUCAACAUUACAGUCCCCUUUCUUCAUUUUCUUUAGAUGCGUCGCUGUUGUUGACGACAAAGUGGAGAAACUCUACGGCAACGCACUUCAAGCCUACUUCGACCGGUACAACAUCGAGCUGUGCAAGCUGGUUUUCUCCGGGAAUGAAGCCAACAAAGAUGUUUCAACUGUGGAAAAUAUUCUUGUGUCGUUGAAAAGGAAGCGCGUCUCCAGAAACGAGCCGGUGCUGGUGAUUGGCGGGGGUGUAAUAUCAGAUGUCGCUGGCUUUGCCACGGCACUGUAUCACCGAAACACCCCAUACGUUAUGCUCUGUACGAGCAUCGUAUCUGGAAUUGACGCCGGACCCUCCCCUCGCACCUGCUGUGAUGGCUUUGGCUUCAAGAAUCUGUACGGAGCAUACCAUCCCCCUGUGCUUACACUUACAGAUAGAUCAUUCUUCCGAACCCUUCAUCAUGGUUGGCUGAGACAUGGCAUCGCUGAAAUUGUCAAAAUGGCAGCAGUGAAGGACGAAAGUCUCUUUAACUUGCUGGAGAAAGGAUCCUCUGCUCUAGUGUGGACAAAAUUUGGCACCGAGAUGGAAGAUUUUAAUGGUGAUCAUACAGAAUUUGGAAAGCUGUGUGACUCGAUCAUUGGGAAAGCUCUUGAAAGGUAAGUGUCUUAACUUUCGUCUUCCCAUCGGAGGGGGAAACAGCUUCGACUGGCUACUAAGGCUUCCCGUGACAAUACCCUGAACUUCUGGAUGAGUCACCUUGGGCCUAAUUGCCAUUACAUAUGCAUGCGGUGAAAAUCUUGUAAAGUCCAGUAAUCCAUAAGAAAGCUACGGAAGAACUUUUUUGCUGCCUUUUACCAUGCUCAAGAAAGUGGUGCGUGGAUAAGUUCAUUAUUCAUUUUAUUGUUAGGCAAUAGUUAAUGGUCAAUUGUCUUGGGUAUUUUUCAGCUACGUGAUAUCUGAAUACGGAAACCUUUGGGAAACGCACCAGUGCCGUCCACAUGCCUUUGGUCAUACAUGGAGCCCUGGGUACGAGCUGCCAGCCGGCAUGCUCCAUGGCCACGCUGUAUCGACUGGAAUGGGAUUUGGGGCUUAUCUUUCUUUCUGCGAGGGCUGGACCACUCGGGCUGAACUUGAUCGCAUCUUGACCCUGCUGAGUGAUCUUGAGUUGUCCUUGUGGCACCCAAUCAUGCAAGACGUGCAGCGCAUCUACGGUUCUCAGGAGAAAAUGAUCGAAAAACGUGGAGGUAAUCUCGCAGCCCCUGUUCCCAAGGGCAUUGGCAAGUGCGGAUACAUCAAUCACCUACCUUACGAGCUCCUUGUCAUGCGCCUUCAAGAGUACCUGAAGAUCUGCCAAGGUUACCCCAGAGGAGGCCUGGGAGUAGAGGCACACUGCAGGGAUGUUGGAUUAGAAGACCCGACAGAGGGCAGCGUGAAUCAGGCACUUCCCGAGGUGCUCAACGGGUACGAAAAUGGUUAUCAUGACGACACGAAAGACAAAGAUCUGCCAAUCCACGACAUCCUCGUAAGCAAUGGCCAUCCAGAACUACACGAUGGGUAUGAAAAAGAUUUUCAGCCAGGCGAAAAACGUAAGGAGCUGUCGUACUCUGAAUGGAUCGAAGCUGUACAGAAAAAGAGAACAAAGAACAUUCCUUCCCAUGUCGCCUUUGAACAAGCUGAAGAUACACCAAAGCCACCCGUUUUCAAGCCCAACGAAUUGUGCCAUCCAGGUAAAUAUACGUCAGGCAAUGUAAACGAUAUCCGGCCUCUCAGUUAGUGCCGUUUUCUGAUGAUCGGAAGUUCUUAAUAUCUUGGGUUGUCAUCCAAACAUGGUCUAAAAAAAUUAUAGAUACAAUCCAGGAGCGGGAAAAAUCCAGGAAUUAUACUCUAGUUCGAAUAAAUUAUUUUCUUUUCAAAGUUAACAAAAAAUAAAAUUGUAUACUUUAAAUGUUAACCAGGUGAACAUAGCAUUCGAAUAUGAUACCUUGUAAUAGAAAAGUCACUUCUUGUAGAAUUUAAUUUAUCCUUACAUUUUAUCAAUUACAAAUGGCAAAAAUGAGAUUAAAGGACAAAAAAAAUCAAGCCGAACUAAAAAGUACUCUUUUUUCUCAAGGUGUUGAAGACUACGCUAUCAAGAUGACUCAGAUUCCAAGUCUAGACAUACAGAAGAUUGCCCUCGCUACAGAGGACCAAGAAAUGUUCACGCCAUGUAUGGUAGGACAGCUGGAAGCACAGUUCCUAAAGAUGAUGGCGCAACUGGCCAAUGCUAAGAGGGUACUUGAUGUGGGUACGUUUACUGGGAUGUCUGCCAUGGCGUUCGCUGAAGGGCUACCAUCAGAUGGUGAAGUAGUGACCAUUGAAUUCGACCCUAAGAUAGCUUCAGUCGCUGAUCAGUUGUUCCGCAGUUCGUCACAGGCACACAAGUUAACUCUUAAGGCAAGUUUUGCACGUCGUUAACACUUCACGUUUGCACAUAUCGCUAUAUCUUGCAAUCUACGCAACUUAACCACUUUCAGCUCCAGCGAUAACAAUAAUUCACAUGAUAAUUUGUCUUUUUCUCAAUAGUUUUUAAUCGGCUUAAGGCGAUUCAUCCAUCCAUUGAUCAAUCAGCCCAUAUAGACAUAUAGCGUAUUAAUUAGAGAUCCAUCCAUCCAUCGAGCCAUCCAUUUAUCCUAUACUGUUCUGUUCACCCACCAGCCCGUUCACCCUUAAUUACUACCCAUUCAUUCGCCCUUACAAAUUGGUACUCGUUCACUCGAUCCUAGAGCUAUUCAUUCAUCAUUUUUAUCUAUUUUAUUUAAUAAUUAUUUUUUUCAAUUUAAUUAUCCCAUUAAAUGUUCCAUUAGGUUGGAGAUGCCGUUAGCGUCAUGCAUGAGCUUAAUUCCGCGGAUGAGAAGUUCGACAUUGUGUUCUUAGACGCAUCCAAGGAUCAGUACACCUCCUACUACAAGAUCGCUCUUGACAUGCUUACACCCUCUGGCUUCAUCAUGGCGGACAACUCACUGUGCGCGCUGCUUUACGAUGAAGAUGAUUCCAGAAGACAGGCCUUACAUGAGUUCAACCAGAUGAUCAAGAAUGACAAGCGAGUAGAACAACUAGUGGUGCCUUUCAGGGAGGGCGUGUCUAUUAUUAGACCCAAACAAUAUCUGUGAAAGAGACAUUAUUUAAUUAUAUUCUGUAUAUUCAAUUCUUUUGAGGGUCAAGAGAUAAUAAAUAGCAUUAAAUUACUGAACUGCGGUUAUCAUUUACUUUUGUUAAGGAACUUUGCAAAGCCCUGUCUUACAGUUAUCAAUUUACCUCUUAUCACUCCAUCCGGUACAGUCGACUCCCGAGAACUCGAAUCUUCUAAGGAAAUCGAAAAAAGUUCGAGUUAUCUUCGGAUAGUAGUGUGCGCCGCGAAGGAAGACAGCGAGACCAUCCCCUCGUUGCUUUUUUUUUUCUGCUCACAUCUCUUGUGACUGUCCCCACGAUCUGAACGUCUGGAACAAGCUAUGAGUUAUCGGGAGCUUGAAGCAAAUAACCGGGAAUAAGCAAAUAAGCAAAUGGAUGCCGAGGACUGUGCACGUAUCACGCACAAUUCACUUCAAGGGCAGC